AUAAUAUCCUAUGGAAUAACAAGUUCUAAUGAUUUUAUUUUACAAUGUUAUGGAAUAACCAGAGAUCCUAAUACUAAUAAUUUUAUUAUAGUACUCGAAUUUGCAGAAGAUGGAAGUUUACAUAAAGACUUAAUGCUAAAUAUCGAUGAAAUUACUUGGCAAACAAAGUUAGAAAGAUUAUAUUAUAUUGCAUCAGG